UGCAUGCUGACAGGUCAGUGCAUCCGUCCAGUCAGUUCCACGCAGAGCGUCCUUUGCCCCGGAGGGACCACGGCCACGGGGGGGUUCGGGGAGGACAGCCGGACACGCCUGCUUAGGGACAGUGGGUGGUGGAAGGUGGCUGUGAUGCUGUAGUAGGGGGUAAGGGAGUUGGGGAGGGGGGGACUGGACGUGUGACGUUGGCGAAUUGCAGCAAUUUCCAAACUGUACGUGAAGAAAGACCAGCCAGGGCGCACUGGAUACAGCAGAUUUGAGGAGGCAAGGCAAGUGGAGGAAGGGGGUGGGGGGAUACGACAGACUAGAGGUAGAAAAGGGAGGCAUCAACAGGGAGUUGGAUGGAUGCGCGGGGACAGAGAGCAGCAGAGCGGCUCUAGAAAUAUCAAGGGUCCCAUCAAGAGGUCUGGUGUCUGCACCAAAUCAGCUUCAGGGAUGUAGUCGAAGCGGUUUAGAGCUCAGCCCAUCCGAGCUCAUCAUCAUGAAGAAACACUCCGCAAGGGUUGCCCCGCUGUCCGCCUGCAACAGUCCGGUACUCACCCUCACCAAAGUGGAAGGAGAAGACCGCAUCAGGGAGAAUGUGGUGGGCACCACAGACACACAGUCAGCUGGUGCUACGACAGGAGCAGAGUCCGGCUCCAACAGACGGAGACUUCACUGCUGCAUCAGAGUAACAACCGUACAGGUGCGCAAGGCCCUGUGGGGAGUCGCCAUGGUUAUAUGCGUGUGCUCGUCCUGGGCAGGGUCCACCCAGCUGGCCAAACUAACUUUUAAGCAGUUUGACGCCCCCUUCACCCUCACCUGGUUUGCCACCACCUGGAACUGCCUCUUCUUCCCCCUCUAUUACAUUGGCCACCUGUGCAAGAGUCCAGAGAGGCAGACGCCCAGACAGAGAUUCAGGGAGUGCUGUAGGUUUUUCGGGGACGACGGGCUGACACCUAAGGUGUUUUUCACCAAGGUAGCUCCCUUUGGCCUGCUGUGGAUCCUCACCAACUACCUGUACCUGCAGGCCCUCAGGAAGAUCAACACAACAGACGUGUCAGCACUCUUCUGUUGUAACAAGGCCUUCGUCUUCCUGCUGUCUUGGAUUGUACUCAGAGACCGCUUCAUGGGGGUCAGGAUAGUGGCUGCAAUCUUGGCCAUAGCAGGCAUCGUAAUGAUGACCUACGCUGAUGGAUUCCACAGCCACUCAGUCAUCGGCAUUACUUUUGUGGUUGCCUCAGCUUCGAUGUCAGCGCUCUACAAGGUGCUCUUCAAGAUGGUCCUGGGAAGUGCCAAAUUUGGAGAGGCUGCGCUCUUUCUGAGCAUCGUUGGAAGCGCCAACUUUGUUUUCAUUAGCUUCGUGCCGGUCAUCCUGUAUUUUACACAUGUGGAGUACAUUGGCUCACUUGCAGACAUCCCCUGGGCCUACCUCUGUGGGGUGGCAGGCCUGCUUUUUGCUUUCAAUAUCCUGGUGAACUUUGGCAUUGCGAUAACAUACCCAACAUUAAUCUCUCUUGGCAUCGUCCUAAGUGUUCCUGUAAAUGCCAUGGUGGACCUCUACACAUGUGAAAUUCAUUUCAACACAGUGCGCCUCAUCGCUGUUUUCAUCAUCUGCCUGGGUUUCCUCAUGCUGCUGUUACCCGAGGACUGGGACCAGUGCAUCAUCCAGCUCAGCACAAAGCUGCGCAAACGUGACGAGCCAGCUGAGAGCAGCGCAGAGGCGGGUGCUGCCACAGGGCUCAACUGGAGAGGGAGAGCCAGGACCUCCAUGUCAACAUUUGCACAUUGACUCCAUGAAACACCAUGAUACCAUGCAAACACAUCACACACAGACAGAGGGAUGAAGACACACCUUAGUGUCGAUUUUAGGACGUGUGACCCGCCUGGUGACCUGCCCUCUCUUUCACGCAGCUCCCUGAGUGAAAAAAAGGAUUUCAGACUGCUCUCUGACCAGUAACAUUUCAUCCAGGAGGGGAGGCACAGACUGUGUAUCAUUCAUUUGAUGUCCAUUCCACUCAGAUGUUAUCCGAGUUGGUGCAUGGACUUGUGAUGGUUGUAAUCCUUCUUACCCCAAAAAAUGAUCAGGUCUAACUGAUUGAGUCAUGUAUUACUCUUUGCUGAACCUCUAAAUCAUUCCAUUCACAACAUCCUUACACCUGGGAAGACUUGCCAACUUGCCUCAUAUAUUUCAGCUCUGAUAAACGAGACAGACAUUUAUUAGAGGCAGGCCAAACAGCUUCUGGACUUGCUGUCUUUAACAUGUACACAUUUACACACCUUUAAGAUCCAAAGAAAAAAUUGCCUAAAAUGCUGAAUGCCUGAAAACAAAAGGGACGCCCAUAGUGGUUGUCCCUCAGGUGUAAACAAAUACCUGCCUUUCAUGCACUGUACAUAGCUGUGUUUUCACACCUUGGAUGUCCUGGAGCCGUGGACCCAAUGGGCUUAUCUGGUGUGGCGGGACCUGUCUGGACAUCUGAGGAUCAAGCUGAGCUAAAGAAGAAGCUUUCACAAUGCCUCACUCUGUUCAUCUUGAGAAAAGAGGUCAGGUCCUUUUCGACCACACUGAUUGGCCCCCUGUGGUUUCGUGCUUUCCUGGGGGUUGAUGCUCAAACCCAUUGCUCAGGCCCGCUGUUUAAUCACGAGAAAUCUAAAACCACUAUCUCCGCUGCAUGAGAUGGUUGAGAUUUGUUUGUCACAAAGUGUGAGUGCUUUCAGUCCAUCCAUAAAGCACUUGCCUCACAUGUUCUGUUGCCAAGAUUAUGGCAUCGCAUAGUAACAUUUUAUUAACCAAGCAAUACAGGUAAUACAUACAUUUACAUGCAUUGUUAUUUAAAUAAUAUUAGAUGAUAGACUUUUUUUCCACUUUCAUAACCAAUGCUUCAGGUACCUCAAUCUUUGGAUGGGCUAAAAGCACUGACAGUUUAUAAGAAGACAGGCUUAAUGAAAACUUGGAACUACCCCUUUAAUAACUCUGAACAUCAACCAUAGCUAUCACUGAGCCUCCCUUUGAAUUCCCAUCACAUUUAACUUUCUAGACUCAUGCACACAAAAACUGUUCUGCAGCAAUUAUCAGUUAAUUAAAUAGUUUGUUUCUCCCGGAGAAAAUAACAGACAGUAAAUGAAAACUGUCUCACUGUGGCUUGAGGGGAGAGGUGUGUUGCCACACGAGAAUGGCUCACAUUCAUCCACCUCUGCUCUUUGUCAAAAAAACAAACAAAACAAAACCUGCAUCUGUUAUCACGAAUCACAUUUCUGAGGCAAGUUAACAACCGAGACAAACGUGAGAGCAGAUGAGGCGCGCGCCUUGUAAAGCGACUGGUGGAAACUCUGCCUUGUUGUGAAUGUAUGAACAUCACUCGACCACACAUGCUCGCUGUUUGCUAUCUGUUUUUUUUACAGUGCCACCACAGACUGCUGCAGAGAAACUCUUUAAUACUAUUCUUCUUCUACUCAUCUGACCAAGUUGCAUUUUUUUUGGAACAAACUCUUGAUUCAUCAUACACUUUUUUUUAUAUUUUUGUUGCUUACUAACCUAGAAGGGACAGUGGGUGACUUUUGCAGGACGAGCAUGCACGUACUGUAUGAGCAGAUACAGCUGACAAGUCCACUGCCUUUUCUUUGUUUUGCAAUAGAGUACAAUAGCACUGUUUCCCAUUGUCAUUCUCUAUGACAAUAAAUAUUAAUACUGUAUUCCUCUGGAAUUAUUGCUAGACAUAAAUGUAAACCUUUGUAAGGAAUGAUGAUUUUUACACUGAGAUGCAACAUAUGAUUAUCACAUUUGAAAGAAAGAAAUAUUGAGAGCGUUAAUAAAUGAUGGGUUUAUUUAUUAAAUCUACAGUUGGGUGUCUUCAAGUGUAAUCACAUGUACUAUAUAAAAGAUUUCUUUUCAAUACAUUUCUUUGUCCGGGUUUGUUUUUUUUUCUCUCAGUGUUGUAGUGGUGUGCUUCAUCAUUACGUAUAACUGCAAACAGACACAGACAACAUGACAAAACAACAAAGUAACGCUCUCAGUUGGAGCUGAUUAAUCAAUCGUUAUGAAAUUAAACUGACGCUACUCUGAUCAUCUUUAAAACAUUUACUGGUUUCAGCUUCUCAGAUUCAUGUUUUAUUUUGUUGUCUGCAAAAUGCUUAAUUUGUCAUGAUGAUUUCCAGCUUUUCUUUGGCUGAUAUGAUAGUGAAUAGAAUAUUUUGCUGGGAUUGCUGGUCGGGACAACACAAGACAUUUGAAUAUGCCAUGUUAUUUUUGCAGAUGCAAUAAUUGAUUUAUCCAUUAGUUGAUCAGUUGACAUUGAACAUUAAU